AUGUUUAAGCGCUCGUUUCGGUCCCACCAGGACCACAUUCGCGUGGACAAGACCCAUCGUCUGAAGAAGCAAGGCUCCGUGCGCGAUCCCACGAAGCUGUCGAAAUUGCAAAGGUCGCUCAACCACGAGCAGCAUGAUGUGUCCAUGACACAGCCUGUUGCGCCCUCCCCGAUUGUGACCAUCACGAUCGGUCGCGAGGGCCGGCUCUUUGCGGCGCACGAAGAUGUGUUGCGGCAGGCUCCCUUUUUCGAGGCGGCCUGCCGUGAGCACUUUUCCGAUGCGCAGAGUAGGAAGAUCUCUCUACCCGAAGAAGAACCCGAGGUCUUCUCGGCUGUCCUCGAGUACCUCUACAAGGGCGACUACUACCCACGCCUGAUCCACAACAGGCACCGCAACUCUUGGGAGCUCGAGGACCACCAGCCGACUACAAAGAGCCCUCGGCCUUCACCCAACCCCGCCCACAAUGGAGGCGGCCAAACGCCCGCCGUCGACGCUGCCGUCUAUCUCUCGAGCAUCGACGCCGACAUCCUUCGCGACACGGUUGUAUACUGUGCUGCGGAGCGCUACGGUCUCGAAGAGCUGAAGCGCCUCGCCCUGCGCAAGCAAGGACUGCAGGCCGGUAUUGAUGUCGGUACCAUCCUGCGGUCCGCGCAGUACGCCUACGCGCACACACCAGACUCGGACAGCCGCCUGCGCGCGCACUACCUCGCCUUGAUUAUCCGCUGCCGCAAGACGUUCAAGCGCAGCGGGACCAUGCAGGCUGAGAUGGAGGCUGGUGGCAGCAAGUUGUUUUUUGACCUGUUUGUGGCCAUGUGCAAUCACUUGGACGAUGUCAUUGACGUGACCAAUGCGCGCACGCCAAAGACUGUCUGA